AUGCCGGACGGGGAAGACCCACCGCCGGAAGAACUUGUCAAACUGGUGAACUACUGCGAGACAACCAAGAGCGAGCUUAUUGUGGCUGCAGACUGCAAUGCACAUCACCCGCUCUGGGGCAUGCAAACAACCAACGAAAGGGACUGCCGUACCAAAACGAACUAUAAAAUAAAAAAGAGUUAUGUUAUUAAUUUUUCAUUUCUGUUCUUUCCAGUGACGCAGUGCCAGGAUCGUUGGAAGAAACUGCGAGAUAACUUCAGAAAAGCCUAUUAUAACCGAAAAGGCAAGAGUGGCGAUGGUGCAACUACGUCCAAAUUGAUAAAAUUUGAAAAAGAACUUUCUUUUAUAAUACCAUUUUUUCGCAAUCGAAACCAAAUAUCUAAUGUAACAUUAUCAUCGGAUGAUUCAGAGCCUGGCACACCAAUACCACCACCAUCGACAUCAUCUAAACGUUCUGACCAUUCUGAAGUUGAAUCGCUUGCAAGUACUUCUGGUAAAGCUUGCUUAAGCAAAGAUGUUGCUACGGUUAUGAAAUAUUAAUAUCUUGAAGAAAAAAGAAAUACUACACCCCGUGACAAGGCAUUACGUAAUUUUUUUUUGUCUAUGUCAGAUACAGUGGAAACAUUCCCAAAAGAAGUCCAAGCACGAAUUAAAAGGCGCGUGUUUAACAUUGUUAAUGAAGCUGAAUUAAGUCUGUAUGAAAAUAGUACAGAUUUGAAUUAUUCUUUGUCUAUAAAUUCACCGCCAUCGACUAAUCAAUCUACUUACCUAGUGUCAAACGAAACCUAUAUUCCUCAAAACUAUCCAGAUCAGACUACUUACGGGUACAAUACCAGCACACAAAAUACAAAAUAAUAAACAAUCAAAAACAAUAAUAAUUAUAAUAAUAAU